AUAAAUCGACGUCAAUUCGUGAAACAAGUGAUAAUCGUUAUCGACCGUAUCGCGCCGGCAUCGAGAUAUCAUAAGGAGGCUCAGUGGAACCUUGUCUGCAAACCCAACAACACAUCAUGGCAGAGAACCGCGCGGGGAAAGCUGGCAUCAACGCCGACGCCCAGGCCAGGAUCAACAGCAAGUACAACGAUGAUGUCGCCCGCGAGACGCUCGAGUGGGUCAGGGUCCUCACCGGACAGCCCGCCAACACCUCCGGCGACGUGGAGAACCUCUACAACGUCCUUAAAGACGGUACCCUGCUCUGUAAGCUAGUCAACGCCAUCCAAGAGGGCUCCGUUAAGAAGAUCAACCAGUCCACCAUGGCGUUCAAGUGCAUGGAGAACAUAAACGCCUUCUUGGAAGCGGCUAAGAAGCUGGGCGUACCUCCUCAGGAAACUUUCCAGACUAUCGACUUGUGGGAAAGGCAGAACCUUUACUCUGUCGUGAUCUGCCUGCAGUCUUUGGGAAGGAAAGCCGGUAACUACGGGAAGCCCUCGAUCGGGCCCAAGGAGGCCGACAGGAACGUGCGGGAGUUCAGCGAGGAGCAGCUCAAGGCCGGCCAGAACGUCAUCUCCCUGCAAUACGGCACCAACAAAGGACAGCAGACGGGCAUCUCUUUCGGAGGCAGGCGGCAAAUAUAAAUCCGUAUCUAUGUAUAUGACUAAUAAAUUUGUAAUACUUUUCUAA